CCUGACCGGCCGGCGGCGCCGGGGCCAGUCUCGCCCCUCUACCGAGCGCCUCGCCGCCCCCUCCCCGGUCCGCGUCCCCUCCCCCGUCCUCUCCUCCCCGCCCGCCGCCCGCCUCUCGGGGGGAGGGGCGUGGGGGCAGGGAGCCGAUUUGCAUGCGGCCGCCGCGGCCGCUGCCUGAGCCGGAGCCCGCCGCCGCCGGAGCCCGCGCCCGCGCCCGCGCCCGGCCCGCGCGGCCCCAUGCCUCUGGCGCGGCCCUCGGGGGGGCGAAGGUGAAGACCGGCUCCUAGGAUGAGUGAAGGGGCGGCCGGUGCCUCGCCACCUGGUGCCGCUUCGGCAGCCGCCGCCUCAGCCGAGGAGGGCACCGCGGCGGCUGCGGCGGCGGCGGCGGCGGGCGGGGGCCCGGACGGCGGCGGAGAAGGGGCGGCCGAACCCCCCCGGGAGUUACGCUGUAGCGACUGCAUCGUGUGGAACCGGCAGCAGACGUGGUUGUGCGUGGUGCCUCUGUUCAUCGGCUUCAUCGGCCUGGGGCUCAGCCUCAUGCUGCUUAAAUGGAUCGUGGUAGGCUCCGUCAAGGAGUACGUGCCCACGGACCUGGUGGACUCCAAGGGAAUGGGUCAGGACCCCUUCUUCCUCUCCAAGCCCAGCUCUUUCCCCAAGGCUAUGGAAACCACCACAACAACCACUUCUACCACGUCCCCCGCCACCCCCUCUGCCGGCGGCGCCGCUUCUUCCAGGACGCCUAACCGGAUUAGCACCCGGUUGACCACCAUCACACGGGCACCCACCCGCUUCCCUGGGCAUCGGGUGCCCAUCCGGGCUAGCCCGCGCUCUACCACGGCACGGAACACUGCUGCCCCUCCGACGGUCCUGUCCACCACGGCCCCUUUCUUCAGUAGCAGCACGCCGGGCUCCCGACCCCCGAUGCCAGGAGCCCCCAGUACACAGGCGAUGCCUUCCUGGCCCACUGCGGCGUAUGCUACCUCCUCCUACCUCCAUGAUUCCACUCCCUCCUGGACCCUGUCACCCUUUCAGGAUGCUGCUGCCGCCUCUUCCUCCUCACCCUCUUCCACCUCCUCCACUACCACCACCCCAGAAACUAGCACCAGCCCCAAAUUUCAUACUACAACAUACUCCACUGAACGAUCUGAGCACUUCAAACCCUGUCGAGACAAGGACCUGGCGUAUUGUCUCAAUGAUGGUGAAUGCUUUGUGAUUGAGACCCUGACAGGAUCCCAUAAGCACUGUCGGUGCAAGGAAGGCUACCAAGGAGUCCGUUGUGAUCAAUUUCUGCCGAAAACAGACUCCAUCUUAUCGGAUCCAAACCACUUGGGGAUUGAAUUCAUGGAGAGUGAAGACGUUUAUCAAAGGCAGGUGCUGUCAAUUUCAUGUAUCAUCUUUGGAAUUGUCAUCGUGGGCAUGUUCUGUGCAGCAUUCUACUUCAAAAGCAAGAAACAAGCUAAACAAAUUCAGGAGCACCUGAAAGAGUCACAGAAUGGGAAAAACUACAGCCUCAAGGCAUCCAGCACAAUGACGAAAUCUGAGAGCUUGAUGAAGAGCCAUGUCCAACUACAAAAUUAUUCCAAGGCGGAUAGGCAUCCUGUGACUGCGCUGGAGAAAAUAAUGGAGUCAAGUUUUUCGGCUCCCCAGUCGUUCCCAGAAGUCACUUCUCCUGACCGAGGAAGCCAGCCUGCCAAGCACCACAGCCCAGGACCAAGGAGUGGGAUGUUGCAUAGGAAUACCUUCAGAAGGGCACCACCCUCACCCCGAAGUCGACUGGGUGGUAUUGUAGGACCAGCAUAUCAACAACUUGAAGAAUCAAGAAUUCCAGACCAGGAUACGAUACCUUGCCAAGGGAUAGAGGUCAGGAAGACUAUAUCCCACCUGCCUAUACAGCUGUGGUGUGUUGAAAGACCCCUGGACUUAAAGUAUGUGUCCAAUGGCUUAAAAACCCAACAAAAUGCAUCAAUAAAUAUGCAACUGCCUUCAAGAGAGACAAACCCCUAUUUUAAUAGCUUGGAUCAAAAGGACCUGGUGGGUUAUUUAUCCCCAAGGGCCAAUUCUGUGCCCAUCAUCCCGUCGGUGGGUCUAGAAGAAACCUGCAUGCAAAUGCCAGGGAUUUCUGACGUCAAAAGCAUUAAAUGGUGCAAAAACUCCUACUCCGCUGACAUUGUCAACGCGAGUAUUCCAGUCAGCGAUUGUCUUCUAGAAGAACAACAGGAAGUGAAAAUAUUACUAGAGACCGUGCAGGAACAGAUCCGAAUUCUGACUGAUGCCAGACGGUCAGAAGACUUUGAACUGGCCAGCAUGGAAACUGAGGACAGUGCUAGCGAAAACACAGCCUUUCUCCCCCUGAGUCCCACGGCCAAAUCAGAACGAGAGGCACAAUUUGUCUUAAGAAAUGAAAUACAAAGAGACUCUGUGCUAACCAAGUGACUCGAGAUGUAGGAAUCUGUGCAUUCUAUGCUUUGCUCAACAGGAAGGAGAGGAAAUUAAAUACAAAUUAUUUAUAUGCAUUAAUUUAAGAGCAUCUACUUAGAAGAAACCAAAUAGUCUGCCACCCUCAUAUCAUAGUGUUUUUUAACAAAAUAUUUUUUUAAAGGGAAAGAAGCAUUUCAGGAGGGAUAAAGCUUACUGCUAAAGCUUUAGGGGAGAAUUCUGAAUCCAAUUUCAGUUCGUCCUUACAUUGUCCUCUUUAGCUCUUGGAAGAUUUGGCCAUUUCCAACAUUUGGUCCCAUAAUGCCAGUGUCUAUAUGGAAAAGAAACUGGUGUUCUCCUAGCUUCAAAAGGAUGAAGUUUAUUCCAAGGGCAGAUGUGCCAGUUGAGCAGAUAGUCCUGGCCAUUUGGCUCUUCAGUUCCAACCCCUAAAUUUCUAUUCAUCAACGCUCUCUCUACAGGUUAUGUCAUGUCAAGGAAUGUAGUGCUUUGUAUUUGAUUUUCAAAGAAUGGCAGGAAAACAUGAGUAGGAAAGAAGACAGAAAAUAGAAGUAAUCUGGGCAAACUUAGCUCCUCUCAUGCACAAUGAGAAUUUGAAUUUGAAAGCACAGAACCUCAGAGGGAGGUGUGAACUUAUUAUAGGAAAAGAGACAAAAUGACAUCGUCGUAUUACUAAAAUCUUGCUAAUAGAAAUGUUUUUCUUGGAGAGUGUUUAGAAGCUCUGAAAGGGCACGUGUGUGUGUGUGUGUGUGUGUGUGUGUGUGUGUGUGUGUGUGUGUGUGUGUGUGCACGCGUGCCUGUGUGCACAUGUGUGAGGAUGCAAGUGUUGUGGGCUUACUCACAUAAGCACAUAUGCUGGAUGCACAUGUGUCCCCUGUACGUAUGUGUGUGCAUGUGUGUGUGUAUUAAAGCUUGCUAAAAUUUGUUCUGAAACAUCAGGGAAACUAAUAUUCAGAAGAGAUUUCCCCUUUAAGAUCUUUUCACUUUAAAUUUUCCAUUAAAUGUAAAUUUGGUUAGCGAGUUCUUGAUCCAAGGAAACUUGCAUGGUGGGGUCUUAUAAAACUCUUGACAAUGUCUAGACCAUUUUCUGAUGUGAAUACUAUUGCAAAGGACAGCCUUUGGCUUAUUGAUAUCAGCAUCACAAAGCAAAUUAAUGGAGGAUGUGGUUAGUUUGAAUCAUUUACUUAAAUUACUGACACAAGCCAACCAUCAAAUUGACAGUUGACUAUUUUAUUUCUUGUCAUCCUCAUUGCUAAUUUACAGCAAGUCUGCUCUGUGUAGACAGAGGCAUUGGCUUCUGUAGUUAAUGUGGAAGGGAUAAGUUGUUGAAAACCACAAAUACCAGACUAUUCAGUUCACAAGCAAUGCCCCCAAACAACAAAUUGUGUUGUAUGUUCAUUUGGAAUAAAGCAAUAUUUUUACCACUGCUAAGGUGAACUGAAAACUUCUCCUGAUGAUGUGUCUGUUUUAUUUUCCCUUAUUUUCAUGGGGCAUUCAAGGAAACUAGUGUUCACAUAUCCAGUCUUUAUCCAAUUAUUGGUGGUGUUGUUAUGUUUACACUGUUUAAAAUAAAGAGGCACAGUAUUUGAAAGUACAUACAAGAUUGCUUUUACUGUAGUUUUGGGAAAACUUGUUUAAAAUUUCAUCAGUUUCUAUCUCAAGCAGAGAAAACAUGCAAUUCUUUCUUGAGGUAAGUUUGUGUUAAAUAUCUUGCAAAUUUUUAUAUGUGAACACUCAUUGAUAUCAGAUAGAAUAGCAUCUAGGGAAAAGAAAGAGCAUUAAAAAACUGAUCAAAAGGGUUUAAUAGGAAACUGAGGUCUUGGAUGUCGAAAACCCAGUGAUGAAAACCUACGUUGUAUCUGACAAAAGUUGUGUGGGAUCAUUUGUAACUAUUAGCAUUUACUUGCUUUGAGUAGAGCAGCAAGAUUGUUAGCAUUUUCAAACAUUGUAAAUUUUGAAUAUGUUUCUUGCUCAACUUAGUUCCACUUGAGAACAUUUUCUAUUUAUGAAAAUCUUAGAUGGUUUUGUAGGUCUAUAAAAUCCUGAAAGUUGAGCAUCUACUGGGCUAUUAUGUUGUUAUUUAUCAUAAGUGUGAAGUGAGGACACACUGGUGUGUUAAAGUCAACUUUGUGGGAUCGUAUGGCUUUUUGUUUUUGUCGUUUGCUUUUUGGUUUUUUUUUGUUGUUGUUGUUCUUUCUUUCCUUCUUUCUUUUGUCUGUAAAAUGUUAAAUUUCGUUCAUCCAGAGGUUCCAUUCAUCAAACUAGGAGUUCAGGUACUCUGAGGACGUGAAGUUAUUGUACAAAAAAACAAAAAUCAACAAACAAACAAAACUGCACUAAGAUCAAUAUAAAUUAAGUCCCAAUAUAACAUCUUACUUUAAUAAAGACUGCAUAUCAUAUGAUUAUGGUACAAACCUUUCCCCCACAUUCUAAAAAUAGAAAUUAUCAGGCAAGUUCAACAGCCAUGUUAUGGAACCUUUACAGUUAUUAGUAUUUUCUGAAUACUCAAGAUAAAAUUAUCCACAGAAAUAGCUACUUAUGGUGGUUACCAUGGUCUUUGUUUCCUUUUGAAACAGGAAGCACUCCUGCAAAGUGUCUAAGUUCAAUGGGCACAUCUUAGGUCACCAGCUGACAAGUGUUCCUUGCAGAAAACACUGAGACUUUCUACAUAAAUAUGAUCUGGCAAAUAUCUGAGCCAUCAUUAUUUUGUUCCUCAAGCUCAUGUACUUAUUAGGCCAUGGGAAUUUCUACUCCAUACCUUUGAAUUUGCUUCAUGUCCCUUAUCUUUAUUGUGGGAACUGAUAUUUGUAAUUAAAUAAGCAACAUAUACAUCAUCAACUGGACUGAAUAUCACCCAUUAUAUUUUUGCUUUGAGUCAUUAUUUUCUGGUAUGUGUUUUUUUAUAUAACAAAACAUUUUAAAUUACUGGUAGCUAUUGUGGAAUAUUGUUGUUGACCAAUCAAUGUUACUAAGGUAGAACAGAGAUUAUGUUGGAGAGUUAGCAUCUGGUUUCUCUCUUCCUAUGUAUAUUAAACACUCGCUUUCAGACUCUACUGCAGUAUCUACCUUGCUGUGAAUUAGGUGAAUAUAUCAUACAUCCAGUGACUCACAUCAUUUCUAAGUAACAAUAGAGGAGGCAUAGAAGUCCACUGCUCUUGGCCCUUCACACAGUAGUUAUAUAACAUGCUGACCAAAAAGAGUAAAAGGGCCAUACAGACUUCAGAAUACUCCCUGAGUUGUGAAGUUAAUAACUACAAUUUUAGAAGGGUCCUGGUGCCCAAAGUUGAGGCUGUCAAUAACCAGGUCUCCACCAGAACACAUUCAAUCCUUGCAGCCACUACCAUACACUUAUCUUGCCAUAUGGUGCUAUAGGAAUAACAAAUCAUUAAUGUGUGUGUGGUGGGGGUGGGAUGAUCUCUGACUCCCGCCCUGUGGACCUAAGAUUAAGUGCUAAGAAAUCUGUCUCAAAUAAGUAUAUGGUAUACCUAAGAACACAGCAGGUGGGGAGGGGUUUUUAUUUGACAUUUUGGUAUCUGGGAAACAUUUUAUAUAUAAAGAAUAAUUUUUAUUAUUAUUCAAUUGUAUAGCUUCAGUAUAGUGUUUUCAACAGAUAGUAUGUCUGUGCUGUUUGUAUCUUGUCUUCAGAAAUUCAGUCCUCAUUUCAGGCAAGACUAGUCUAAGGUUUCUAGACUGUUCUCAAUUUUAUAAACACUCAGUUUGCCCUGGAAAAUUAUGCUUUCAAAUAAGCUUUAUCUCUUCCUUUUUUUUUCCCCAUUCUUUCCCUUUUAAAGAAAUACAGAGGGUAAAGAACAUUCCCCCUCUCUGAUUUAUACCAUCCAUUUUCACUCACCUGCUCCUACUGGGACUAUGCCCGUAAUAUAAAUAUUAAAUUCAGGAGAUUACUUGGAUAUCCUUGUCUUCUCUUCAUUUGAAGAACACCAAGUGGUUACUUCAUGCAAUGCCAUGAAACCUUCAUGGCCAGACAAAUGACAACGGUUCAUCAGACAACCAUUUUCAGUUCAUUCUCCUUAGUCAAAUGGGAACAUCUUUGAAUUAAAAAUUUCACAAAAUCCAAUACCGAAAUAUGUUAGAUUUUUCUCUUAAAUUUACAAUUAAA